GUGUCUCCAGUUUGGUUUCAGCUUGGAGCAGUUUUUUUGCCAUGGCAGCCGUUAAAAUUGAGGUUCUAGGUUUGCGUGUUAGCAAAAGUUGGAGUAAACAACAGCAACGGACUAAGCAACAGAGCAGGCAGAAAGACAUCUGCAGAGAGGAACUGAUAAGAAGAUGACAAGUUCAGGAACCUGAUUUGUGCUUAAUGGUUGCUGCAGGUUUUCCAGUCCAUGCCGUUACUCCUCCCAGCAGAGAGGAGAACGUUGUUGCUGACAUAAACAGCCUGUCUGACCUAAAGUACAGGAUCCAGGAGCUGCUCCAAUCAACGCUGGACCAUUCAUCAAUCACAGUGAUGCAGGAAAAGCUGCUGCUCAAGCAGAGGAGCUCUUAUCAUUUUGUCAUCCAGACCGAGGAACCAAGAUCCACCUCUGACUCCAUCAACGUGAUCUGGUGUUACCUGGGCCCAGAUAGGCUCUGGCAUGUAAAAAGCUGGAUAAGGACACAGAUAGAGCUCCUUCUGGCCUAUUUGGAAAUGCUCUUCCAGGAAAUCACCAUCAGUCGUCAGAACCUGGAAGCCUUUGUUGCAAAGUGCGAACAAGUUGAGGUGGAUACAGAUGAGGUAGCCUCAGCAGAGCAGAAGCUCCAGCAGAUCCAGCAGUACAUUAGAGACUUUGAGGAAAGAAUGGCGAGUAACAUCGAGCCACUGACCCUGAACAGCUUGUUCCUCUGUGGGAGGGGCCCCCUUUUCUCUCUGGUUCAAAUGUCAGUGCUCACCCUAGGUCCGGUGAUGUUCAACAGGGAAAAGUCACUACCGAGUUAUAACUCCAUUUGCCUGUUUUGGUACAUCGUAGGUGAGCAGUCUGAGGAGUCAGGAUGCGUGUUCAGAGUUGAAGUAAAAAGUGUUGCCCCUCAAGAGAAGCUGCUGAGGGAGGCUAUCUGUUUCAACUAUGUAUAUAGUGUCCAGAACCUAAAGCCAAACACCUGUUACAAGUUCACUGUGAAGAGGAUGCCCAACAUUACAUUAGUGUACGAACCCUGGAUCGACACCCUUCAUCUGAAAACGUUAAGUUCCCGACAGCAGAACAAAGGCUCAAAGGGCUGCCAGUAAAUGAAAUAAACUAAAGUUUUAAGAGAAGAAAGAGUAACUGCCCAGGAAUGUUUGAGACUUUGGAGGUCAAGAAAAGGGAAAAGUGGGCAGUUAACUUCAUAAAUGCAUUUUAAUAAAUAAAAAAGGGAGAAAAACAAG